ACAAAAUGGUGAUGGUGACGGCUUUUGUGCAAUUAGUGAUGAUGAUGAGCUGUGAAGGAGCUAGAGUUGCUGCCGCUGUCAGUUUUUUAACAAAUGCCUCCUACCAAGAGAUUGAGCUGAAAGGCGAGUCCAGCCUGUCCCUCCGCGACAUCUUGCCAGUGAAGGCGAAGUACUACGACAAGAACAGGGCUCCGAAGCUGCUGGGGCAGCCGACGGUGGUCUACUUUCAUGUCACCGUGCUGUCGCUUGACUCCAUCAAUGAGGAGAGUAUGACCUACGUAGCAGACAUCUUCCUCGCCCAAUCCUGGCGGGACCCCCGUCUUCGUCUCCCGGAGAACAUGCACGAAGAAUACCGGAUCCUGGACGUGGAAUGGCUGAACAGCAUCUGGAGGCCUGACUGCUUCUUCAAGAACGCCAAGAAGGUCACCUUCCAUGAGAUGAGCAUCCCCAACCAUUAUCUAUGGCUGUACCAUGACAAAACCUUGCUGUAUAUGUCAAAGUUAACAUUAGUAUUAUCUUGCGCAAUGAAAUUCGAAUCGUAUCCACACGACACACAAAGCUGCUCCAUGAUGAUUGAAAGCUUGUCCCACACGGUCCACGACCUGGUGUUCAUCUGGAACCUGACAGACCCCCUGGUGGUGAACCCCGACAUCGAGCUUCCUCAACUAGACAUUUCUAACAACUACACCUCGGACUGCACAAUCGAAUAUUCUACAGGUAACUUCACCUGCUUAGCAGUCGUCUUCAACCUGCGCAGGCGCCUCGGCUACCACCUGUUCCACACGUACAUCCCCUCAGCACUCAUCGUGGUGAUGUCAUGGAUCUCUUUCUGGAUCAAGCCCGAAGCCAUCCCUGCGAGGGUCACGCUUGGCGUCACCUCGUUAUUGACUUUAGGUAAUAUUGGUGAUAUUACCUACGUAGCAGACAUCUUCCUCGCUCAAUCCUGGAGAGACCCCCGCCUCCGUCUCCCAGAAAACAUGCACGAAGAAUACCGGAUCCUGGACGUGGAGUGGCUGAACAGCAUCUGGAGGCCUGACUGCUUCUUCAAGAACGCCAAGAAGGUCACCUUUCAUGAGAUGAGCAUCCCCAACCAUUAUCUGUGGCUGUACCAUGACAAGACCUUGCUGUAUAUGUCAAAGUUAACAUUAGUAUUAUCUUGCGCAAUGAAGUUUGAAUCGUAUCCACACGACACACAAAGCUGCUCCAUGAUGAUUGAAAGCUUGUCCCACACGGUCCACGACCUCGUAUUCAUCUGGAACCUGACAGACCCCCUGGUGGUGAAUCCCGACAUUGAGCUUCCUCAACUAGACAUUUCUAACAACUACACCUCGGACUGCACUAUCGAAUAUUCUACAGGUAACUUCACCUGCUUAGCGGUCGUCUUCAACCUGCGCAGGCGCCUCGGCUACCACCUGUUCCACACGUACAUCCCCUCAGCACUCAUCGUGGUGAUGUCAUGGAUCUCUUUCUGGAUCAAGCCCGAAGCCAUCCCUGCGAGGGUCACGCUUGGCGUCACCUCGUUACUGACUUUAGCAACACAGAACNCCCAGAACACGCAAUCUCAGCAGAGUCUACCACCAGUUUCCUAUGUCAAAGCAAUAGACGUGUGGAUGUCCUCCUGCUCCGUCUUCGUGUUUCUCUCACUCUUCGAGUUUGCGGUCGUCAACAACUACAUGGGGCCUGUGGCUACGAAGGCCAUGAAGGGGUACUCCGAUGAAGACCUGUCGAGGGAUCUGGACGCGUUCAAACACAUAUUCCCCAACACAGUGGACCCAAGAGCCAGUACAUCAGCCUCCAUACCCCAGUACGAAACCUUCUGCAACGGGAGAGAGACAGCUGUAUACAUCGAUCGGUUCUCUCGCUUCUUCUUUCCGUUCUCUUUCUUCAUACUCAAUGUGGUGUAUUGGUCUACGUUUUUGUAGAGUUUUUAGUUAAGAUGUUCAGGCAUUUA